GAAAAUCCCGAAGCCCGCGGUGCCUGCUGGGAAAACUCAUCAACCCGCCAUCUUUCCUUAAAGCGAGUUAGUAGGGCAAAACAACAGCUAGUUUGAAGGGUUAUUUCUCCAAAAUUAAGCCGCUGGAGCAGCGCAACAUCAGCUGUUCGUGUGAAUAACAAGCUUAAAGAGGAGCAGGCGCAGUGGAGGGCCUGAUUCGGUACAUAUAUCAGCCGUAGAAUCCAGCAGUCCGCAGGGCACCAUGGGCCGCUCUCGGAGCCGCAGCUCGUCCCGGUCCAAGCACUCCAAAAGCAGCAAGCACAGUAAGAAACGGAGCCGGUCGCGAUCUCGAGACAGGGAGCGCUCCAAGAAACGCUCCAAGUCCCGAGAGUCGAAGAGGAACCGGCGCAGAGAAUCCCGGUCCCGAUCCCGGUCCAACACAGCGUCGUCCCGCAGAGAGCGAGCAGCCUCACCGCCGGAGCGCAUCGACAUCUUCGGCCGGACGCUGAGCAAGAGGAAUGCGCUUGAUGAGAAGCAAAGGAAGGAGGAGGAGGAGAGGAAGGCGGAGAUGGAGCGGCAGAGGAAGAUCCGGCAGCAGGAGAUCGAGGAGAAGCUGAUCGAGGAGGAGACGGCGCGGCGAGUUGAGGAGCUCGUGGCCAAACGUGUGGAGGAGGAGCUCGAGAAGCGGAAAGACGAGAUCGAGCGGGAAGUGCUGCGACGCGUCGAGGAGGCGAAGCGCAUCAUGGAGCGGCAGCUGCUGGAGGAGCUGGAGCGGCAGCGGCAAGCCGAGCUGGCGGCACAGAAGGCCAGAGAGGAAGAAGAAAAAUCGAAGCGGGAGGAGCUGGAAAAAAUCCUGGAGGAGAAUAACCGCAAGAUCGCAGAGGCUCAGGCCAAACUGGCUGAGGAUCAGUUGCGUAUUGUGGAAGAGCAGAGAAAGAUCCACGAGGAGCGCAUGAAGCUGGAGCAGGACCGGCAGAAGCAGCAGAAGGAGGAGCAGAAAAUCAUCCUCGGCAAGGGCAAGUCCAGGCCCAAGCUCUCCUUCACCCUGAAGGCCACAGAAUAAGACUGCUCCCCCUUCGUACCGCAGGUCAUCCCCCUCCCCCCAUCCAGCUCCUCUUUCUCCUCCUCCUCAUCAUUCAGCCCCACUCCUCCUCCUCUUCUGUGGAACGCUCGCUUCGUUUUGGAAGUGCUGAAAGAAGGGGGGGCGCAACCAGCGUGUUAACUCGCUCCCUCCCAGCUUUGAAGAGGAGGCAGCUCUUCACCCUAGAAGGACCAUCGCCCCCUCAUCCUCACCCUGCUGCACAGAUGACUCUUGUGCUUCUGUUUUUUUUUGUUUUGUUUUGUUUGUUUUAUUUUUUUAGAAAACUUGAACUUUUUUUGAUGUAGACGCUCUAACGUGUCCCUCGCCCUGCCACCCGGUUAAGUCUUAACUCUCGUGCUCUUCUUACGGCCUGAAAGGCAGACCUGAUAGGCAUCUGACUCUGUCUAGUUCGGCUCGGCUCAUGUGCAGCAUGGGAGUCGGCCUGUGGGUUUCCUGUUUGCAGACUCUGUGGUUACCAAAUCACAGACUUUAAAAAAGCACAGCAAACUUCCCGUCCAGCUCGCCCUCCAUUUUAAAAAUCCUGCUCCUCUUCUUCUGUGGCUCUGCUUCAGCUCCGCCUGCCGCGUGCAUUUUGGCUUUUAAAUGUUGUCCUGAGGGGAACAAUUUAAAAAAAGAAAUAGAAAUGAGGUGAACCCGCCGCUCGACUCCCAGACUGCCCGUGAUCGAACUGCCGGAACCUCCUGCAGGAAACUGAGGAGAGAUGGCGUUUUCCUGUCUGAUGUAUUAUCAUGUGCCGCCUCUCCCUCCUCACUCCGAGUUAAAGAUAAAAAUGUGUAGGAGACAAAAAGCCACAGUCCGUGUUCUGUCCCUCAGUCAUGUGCUAGUAAAUUAACGGGCGAGGUAAGUGUUGAUUCGUAGAGGACUGAUUCGCACAAGUUCAGGUAAGACGAGGAUUGAGGUCAGCGCGAGCGUGGAUGUGUUUUAAGUGUGUGAAUGUGUGUGUGCGUGUGGCUGACCUCAGGUGGGUAUAUAAAGACUUUUUGUUAUGUUGUGGCAUUUUGAAUUUGUCAUGUAAUUUCCCCCCCAAUUGUCAAGGGACUGAACAGAUCAAUAAAUCCAUUGAAUGCCUACACUGA